CAGAGGGCGUCAGGAGAAACCAUGAGCUCCUCAGAAGAACUGCUCCAGAUGAAGGCCCAGCAGGGGGCCUCCAGAGACACGGUGGACGGCGUGGGUGUGAGCCUGGGCCGGAGGAAGGGCGUGACGCUGUCCGAGGAACAGGCCUCCUCAGAGGAAGGGGACUCCAGGGAGAGGUUGUCCAUCGUCCACACGGACGCCGACAGGGGCCCCUCCCCCGCCACCACCACCCUCGUCUCUAUCGGCUCCCCCCCGCCCAGGCCUCGCUCCCGGGGCGGGCCGGACAGAGGCGGCAGCGGGCCCCCUUGGACCAGGGGAGGGCUGUAUCACGGUGGUCCCUGCCGGCCCUCCGACAUUCCCAGACAGACCAUGGAGGAGCUGAAGACCACGCUGAGGGAGGGCCCCCACCUGGCCUUCAGGGUCCAGGGGGACGCACGGUCAAGGGAGCCCAGUACGCCGCACCUCAAGGGGCAGAACGCAGUCCAAGGUGGUGGGGGCGCCAGCGACCAGGGCCACCGCAGGGUGCUUACCACCUUCAAGCCCCAUGAGGGUGGGGCUUCAAUAAGGGGCCCGGGCCCCGGGGACCCCAGGGCUGGUCAGCACCCCUCCAGCCCAUUCAGACCCGAUGCAUUCCCAUACAGGAGCCCUGGGGGCCGGUACCCGCCCCCUGGAGGGUGGGACCCCUCGGACGAGGCCGGGCGCUCUCAAACAGAUAGCAGAGAGCCUUGCGCGGGAGGUUCAGGCUGCAGCAGCAGCUCAGACAUGGAGAACAUCAAGCAGCAGAUGACCAGGGAAAACAUCCGCUUUGUCCGCUUUGAGGCCGUAGACCUCCAUGGGGUGUCUCGCUCCAAGACCGUGCCCGCCCGCCAUUUCCAUGAGAAGGCAGCGUUCGGUGUCCCCAUGCCCAGAAGCUACCUGGAGCUGACCCUGAGUCCCAGCAGUGAGGUGGACAACGCAGACGCCGCCAACUUCAACAGCGACAUCCUGCUGAUGCCCGACCUGCACACCUUCCGGGUGCUACCUUGGGCCGAGCAGACGGCCCGGGUCAUCUGCGACCCCUGCACCGUCACGGGGGCCCCCCUGCGCACCUCCCCCCGCCUCAUCGCUAAGCAACUCCUGGGCCAGCUGCAGAGCCUGGGCUUCUCCCUGCACUCCUCCUUCACUUACGAGUGCUGCGUGCUGGGUGCCGCCGACCGGCCAGGCCCCAAGACGCUGAUGUUCCCGGCCACCACGCUGCUCAGCAACCACCAGCUGCCCUUCUUCCAGCAGCUGGUGGAUAACAUGUACUGCAUGGGCUGCGACGUGGACAGCUUCGCGUCGGCCUCCGGCCCCGGCCAGAUGGAGGUCAACCUGCGGCCUGAGUUUGGCAUUGCGGCGGCCGACAGCGCCUUCACCUUCCGCACCAGCCUCAAGGAGAUGGCCCGCAAGCACGGCUACCUGGCCAGCUUCUUCACGGACGACAGCCUGCACAACGCCGGCGUGCUGUCCCACAGCUUAUGGGACGCCAGCGGGCGGCGCGGCCUAUUCCACAGCGGGGAGGCGCGGGGCGGCGAGCUGUCAGAGAUGGGGAAGAAGUGGCUGGCGGGGCUGCUCAGCCACUCGGCCGCCCUGAGCUGCCUGCUGUCCCCCGGGCGGGACUGCAGGAGCCGCACGGCCCGGCGGGCCAAGGAGCCCCAGCGCGGGAUGCACGCCACCUGCGGCUACAACGACCACAGCAGCUCCUUUAACGUUAAGCGGCACGGCGGGCGCACGCUGCACAUCGACAACCAGCUGGGCUCAGCGGCGGCCAACCCCUACGUGGUGCUGGCCGCCACCGUGGCCGCGGGGCUGGACGGCAUCAAGCGUAGCCUGAGCUUGGAGGCGGGACCGGGCCAGCAGCGGCAGCACGCCAUCCCCGUGAGGCUGGAGGACGCUCUGGAGGCGCUGGAGGCGGACCACAUGCUGGGCAGCGCCUUGGGGGAGCCCUUCGUCCAGUACUUCAUCGCCAUGAAGAAGUUUGAGAUCGAGACGCAAGAGCUGGACGACGAGAGGAACAAGUGCCUGGAGUAUUUCAUCUAG